AUGUCGGGUCCGCAAGGAUCAAAGAGCACUCAAGAGGGAACUCACCAAUCACCCCCAACUCCAAUGAUGAACUACAUCUUAUGGAAUGUUAGGGGUGGCAACAAUGCGGAGUUCAAAUGGCACUGUUUAGAAAUGGUGAAAAUGCACAAGCCUGCCAUGCUUGUAUUGCUGGAAACGAAGAUGGCAGACCACCAGACCCUAGCCCAGCAACUUCAGUUCGAUAUGAUCAUUCAGUCUCCGACAAUAGGCCCGUUUGGGGGUAUUGUGCUUAUGUGGAAAGAGGAGUUCGUGGCUGUUGAAGAAGUGGCAACUACCCCCCAAGGCAUCCACGCAAUGGUGAAGGUAAGCCCAGACCACCCUCCAUGGCUUUUCUCUGCUAUUUAUGCUAACAAUCUCUUAGCAAAUAGGAAACUCUUAUGGGAGGACCUAAUCACAAUAUCAAAAAACAUAAAAACCAACUGGUUUAUAGGUGGAGACUUCAACGAAGUCUUAAAGGCCAGGAACAAAUUUGGGGGUAACCCCAUAAACCUGAGCCGUAGCAACCUGUUUUGGAACUGUAUAAAUGAGUGUAACCUCCUAGACUUAGGCUAUAAAGGAAGCAAAUACACUUGGACUAAUAAAAGGUACAGUAACAAAACCUCCUUAAUUCUGGAAAGAAUAGAUAGGUGCUUUGCAAAUGAAGGCUGGAUUGAACAGUACCCUGAAGCUUCUGUACUUCACUUCCCUAGGACCCACUCAGACCAUUGCCCGUUGCAAAUUAACAUGGUAGGGCCUCCAAACAACAAACCAUCAAGGCCCUUCAGGUUUGAGUCAAUGUGGGCUAGUCACCCUUCCUUCCCUAACAUCAUCAAUAGGGCCUUCUCUAACCAUUCCACCCUUCUUCAAUCCACUGAAAGCUUCAAGAUUCUGGUAACUAAGUGGAAGCAGGAAGUCUUUGGAAACAUCUUCCAUCAAAAGAAGAGACUUCUGGCAAGAAUCUCUGGAAUCCAAAAAUCACCUAGCUAUCAGUUCUGUAGUUACCUGUUACACCUUGAAACAAAGCUAAAUGCUGAACUCAACCUAAUCCUCAAAAAUGAAGAAGACUUUUGGAAACUUAAGUCUAGAAUCAACUGGUUAAAUGAGGGUAAUGCUAGCACUAGAUUUUUCACACAUCCACCCUCAAUAGAAGAAGGAGGAAUAGAAUCCUCUCUCUUAAAGAUGAGAAUGGAAAUUGGCUUCAUGACCAAAAGGACAUCCAUUCAGCAAUUGUGGGCUUCUUUACUGAGCUCUAAACAACAUCCCACACUGAAGCCCCUUGGGAUCCCACAGACCACUCCACCAUGGAACCCAUUCUGUCUCAAAGCCAAAAGGCUUUUAUGGACAAACCUCUUCAUGCCCAUUGGACUUUGUAACACCAUCUACAAGUCAGUCACAAAAAUCAUUGUGAACAGGAUAAAGCCUAUCCUGCCCCACAUCAUUGGGCCAAGCCAAGCGAGCUUUCUCUCUAAUAGAAGAGCCUGUGACAAUGCUAUCAUUGUCCAAGAGUAUAUCACUCACUUCAGGAAAAUGAGGGGGAAGAGUGGCAACAAGAUCCUAAAAAUAGACCUAGAGAAGGCCUUUGACAGGCUGGAAUGGUCCUUUAUUAGAGACACUCUAGCUGCUUUCAACUUCCCCCAUGGCCUAUCCAAACUCAUCAUGUCAUACAUCAGUACAUCAUCCAUUUCCAUUCUUGUCAAUGUUGGGAAAACAGAGUCUUUCAAAUCCUCCAGAGGCAUUAGGCAGGGCGACCCUACGUCCCCCUACCUAUUCAUUAUGUGCAUGGAAAGACUAUCAAGAUCUAUUGAUAACACAGUGCUACAUAACCAAUGGCACCCCAUAAGUAUAAGUAGGUCUGGACCAAAAAUUUCACACCUCUUCUUUGCGGAUGACCUCACUCUCUUUGCUAAAGCCAAUGACAGAAACGGCAAUACCAUUCUUUCAAUACUACAGAACUUCAAUGAGCAAUCCGGACAAAAAAUCAAUCUCACCAAAUCAAGAGUCCUGUUUUCCUCAAACAUCACUCAAGAUGUAAUUCAGCAUCUCACCAAUUCUUUGUCCAUCAAGCACACAACAUCCUUUGGAAAAUACCUUGGUUUCCCCAUUAUUCACAAAAAACAAUCAGCUACAGACUUCCAAUUCAUUAUUGAUAACAUGCAAUCCAAGAUGGCUGGUUGGAAAACUAAAUGCCUCAAUAUGGCUGGUAGAACAGUCCUGGCCAAAACUUCUUUGAACAGCAUCCCAAGCCAUGUUAUGAAAUACAUAAACCUACCCACCAAAAUCACCAAUCAGAUUGAUAGAAUUCAGAGAAACUUCCUUUGGGGCACCACCACUGAAAGGAAGAAGUUACACUUGAUCAAGUGGGAGGUAGUCACUAAGAACAAGGCUGAGGGAGGGCUAGGGCUCCAAAGGCUAGUAUCAAGAACAAAGCUUCACUCGCAAAUCUGGCAUGGAGAACCUAUAAGAAUACCAACAGACUAUGGGCUAGAGUUCUCAUUCAAAAACAUUGCAACAUGUCUAGACCAGUUAGAUCAUUCAGAUACCCUAAACACCCAAAAUCUCCAACCUGGAAGGACAGCAAUCAGACAAAUGAUUGAAGGCCCAUUAACCCAAAAUGACCUUGAGGCUAAGGUUAGCUCAAUCCACAACAUGGGCAAUUGGGACACAUCAGCCUUGUCCAUUAACAUCUCCCCAAGCAUUUUGAACCUACUGAACUCUGUGUUCAUCCCCCUGGUUACAACUAAGGAGGAUAAUCUUAUAUGGGACUUGACCCCUAAUGGCCAGUUCUCAAAUAGUUCUGCUUACUCCUUCCUAAGCAGGACUACAACCAACCUCCUUUCUGGGGAGGAAGGCUCCUUCAAAUGGAUCUGGAAUCUUCAAACCCCCAACAAAAUAAAAUACUUCAUCUGGCUCCUAACACAUAAGAGACUUCCAACUAGGAGCUUCCUCCACUCUAUUGGAAUCAAUUGUGUCCCUCAAUGCCACUACUGUGACAAUGAGCAGGAAGACAUUGCCCAUAUUUUCUUUGAAUGUCCUAAUGCUGUCCACUUCUGGAAUGACAUUCUAUCCAAAUCUACAGGGAAUAGUUCAAAUAAUCACCAUGUCUUCAAUAGCCUCCAGUGUCUAAAAAAUGUCCCUUUCAACAACCACAUAUACUGGGACAACCUCAUUCCCUUUUGUCUGUGGCACAUCUGGCUAACCAGAAACAACAAUGUUUUCAAUAACAAGAAAGAGCACAUCAAUGCCAAUAACACAAUCUCGAAAGCAACUGAGUACCUUAAGCUUACAAAGAAUGACUCAACAAAGGUAACUCACCAGAUCAUGUUAAAAUGGGAACCUCCGUCCAGAGGUUCCUACAAACUGAAUACAGAUGGAGCAGCAAGGAGAAACCCAGGAAUAGGAGGUUCAGAGGGAGUAUUCAGAAACCAUAAUGGUGACUGGAUAUUGGGCUACAUGUACAACAUCCCCCAAACAACAAACACAAGGGCAGAAGUUCAGGCCCUAAUACGGGGCCUACAACUGGCGGAGCAGAACCACCUAGUCAAUCAUCCAAAGGACGGGCAGCGUAGUAGUGAGGCAUAUCUAACGGGAGUAGAAGAGAGUCGCUGA